GUGUCCUUAGGAUGGAGUUAGAACACUUGAAGAAGCUGCAGCAGGCCAACCUGGACCUUCUCGAAAGGCUCAGAAUAAAACAGGAAGAGAUCAGAAAAAACCUUCCCAGAAAACUACUCUUUCCAGCAUCUCCUCAUGAAAAAAAAGCUACUGAAAUAUCUGUCCCUGUGUCUGAGAGAGGGAAGGAAAACCAAGUUGGUGCUGUAAAGGCUGCAGCUGAUCCAGCAGUGUUGGUCUCUUUGGAGCCCAGAGCUCAUGCAGCCAGGGCAGCCCUCUGCUCAUCACUCGGACACAUGAUGCUCAGCAGGCAUGACAGAGGGGACAAGCUUCAAGCAAAGAUGCAGAAAGAAGUAGGUUCAGAUUCCAGCUUCCCUGGGAAAGAGCAAAAUGCUUUGCCAGUGUCUGCAAUCAUUACAAGUGGCAGAGAAACAUCUAGAGUGGAUAGGGAUGACCGUGCCUCAAAAAGGGCAGAGAAAGAAUCCUUCCAUCUGGGACAUGGAAAGAAUAGAAAACAAUCCAUUCUCUUACACAGUCUCCAAGACAGAGACCAGCUUACAGCUCAUCUGGACUCAUCACUGAGCAAAAUACAAAAUGAAGAGACCAGCAAGGUUGCCCUCAUUAAAGAGCCCAUAACCCCUAAAUCAAUCCUGCUGACAUCUGAAUCCAAACAGUUGAAGCGGAAGGAAGCUGGUCGUGUGACAUUUCAACCUGAGCCUGUGGAAUGCACCAUUCCUGCGAGUAGUUGGUCUGCACGUCCUUUCCUGGGUUAUGACUGGAUUGCAGGACUCUUAGAUACAAACUCUUCAGUAGCAGAAAAAUCUGACCAAUAUUUUGCUGAGCUGAAGGCAUUUCGGCAGGCCAACAGAGAAGCGUGUGUCCAUGAAUACCACCUGCAGCCCAAGGCUCUGGAUUUUGUGUUUCCUGAGCAAGAACCAGAUUUGAUAACCAGUUCCCAUAAGUGUGUUUACUGUUAUCGACUAAAUCAGCGUCUCUUCACUGUCCCUGUGGAUUCAGAAUCUGCGUGCCCUGUGUGUAAGAUCCCACGAACCUACUGGCCCCCAGGGACUCAGGAAGAGCCAACCAACGUGAGGGUCAGCAUUCCCAGGUCUACCCUUAUGGCUCCCUACAAAUACAAAGCCCAUCGCAGGAAAAGCUUUGAACCCGCUGACAGUCUGGCUUUACCCUCGCAUUGCCUGGUUGGCUGGGAAAAUGUCAUCUCUUCCAAUAACCCCACAAUCAGCAGUUUGGAUCUGCGGGCUUUAUUGAAGGACAGGACUUCUCACCAUCCUCACCUGAACUCUGUGUCCAGAGUGUCAGGAGGAACCAGAACUGACCAGCUCCUAAACCUGACCCAUUUGUCACGCUUAAGAUUUAACAGGAGCAAGAGAGAGCAAAACAAACAUGGACACUGCAGAGCACCUCGAAAUCUAAAUACUACUUCAACUCUUAAUAACUGCUGA